AUGUUCGUUUUUCCAGAUCCCGAAGACGAUUCGAAUAAUCAAAACCCACAAAACCCCGUCGGCGACAAUCUUUAUCCCCAACAAAAGAACCUUAUCGAAGGACAAUCCGCUGGCAGUUACCCUUCGCUCAUACGCCAACCCUCACAACAAAGGCCACACCCCGCCCCCUAUCAGAGUGGGAGUGCAAUCGGUAUCAGUAGCGUGGGCAGCACACAUCCACAUCCUACGAGCGAUUAUUUGGUGAAUUCACAACGUCGCGUCCUACGCCAAUCGACACUACCCAGCUCACUGGCCAACAACGAUCCCAAUCUGAGUGGUAGCGGCGCCAAUUUGGCCAAUUAUAAUUACGUGAAUCUCACGGCGCCCACAUCGCCACAUCAAAUGCAAAAGAGUCCRAUUUAUCCGAGCGCCUACAACAGUGAUGACGUCAUACACAUGAGCGCAGCUGAAUGUGAUAAUUAUCAACAACAAAUGCAACAACAACAACAACAACCUAUGAACAUACAGCCGCAACCACAGCAACAACAGCCGCCGAGUGUUAUUAAUCCCCAAACGCACCAUCGCCUACAGGUGCGUCGACAAUCAACCCUCCCGGCUAAUCCCUGCCWACCGCCCAUGUAUCUGUCGACAUCGCCAAAUCGCCCGUACAGUCGCUCACCGGAGCGUUCACCGGGCGAGCAACGUUAUCCGCCAUUCAUGCGUCAAACCUCCUUCCCGUGCAACAUGUCUGAGCCGCCUACGCAACAGCAGCAGCAAACACAUCUUAAUUUAGGCACUACGCCGCCGAACCAACCUUACCCCCGGAAAUUGUUGCCCACAUCACCCAACUAUCAAGGAUCGGUCAUCUAUCAACAACAACCCACACAGCAGCAGCAGCAGCAGCAGCAGCAGACACCACAGCAGUCAUGCCAAUCAAAUUACGACCCGCAAGCGAGCCAAACACAACCCUCGGAUGAGUGCGACUACACACAAGUUGUGCCGAAACCACGUAUGAUGCGCCAAGCUACAUUACCUAAUCCCGAACAGCAUGUUAAGCUGCUACCCACCUCGCCACCGAAGCGUCAAACUUCGCCACAAUAUCGUCGAUCGCCGGAGUUUAUGCGCCAACAGACCCUACCGAAUCCAGAAGCUUUCAGCGGCAAUUCGCUYUCGGUGCCAGCAGGCCAGUCACAAGCUAAAUUCAUGCCGCUCUCACCGCGUCACAAGCAAAACUUUCUCUUUCCGAAUGUGCCGAACCCACGACAAUUCUUAUCACAACAACAUGUACCCGCCGUCGGUGCUGGCAGCGGUGAAGUGAGCACCACCACCACCACCGCUGGUGAGCAGUACUCGAGCAGUCAAAGCGUGAAUAUACAGUCACGUGAUCACGCCAAAAUGAUCAAGGUGCGCAGUCACAGUAACGAGGAGUACUCGAUAACCAAGCCGCACCACGCGGAGAAUCGGCGUUUACUGCCAGAGAUACCCACAAAUCGCGCAGCCACUCGCUCGCCUAGUCGCCUGGUGCGUCAAGAUUGUGUCAAAGAUGAACGCAGCAAUGCGCCCGAUUCAAAUGCACGCACAUUUGGCGAAGCCAAGCACCAGUACAACCAAUACCAGAAUAUCGCUGAAGAUGCAGACAAUCGCCCGGAGUAUAUGGACUACUUUGGCGACAGUACCAGCAGCUUCUUGGAGGCCGAUGAGGUCCAAUACGAGAAGAACUACAAUGCGGGCUUCAGCAGUGAACCGCGUAUAAUCUACAAUGAUGGUUCUGACGAUGGCAGCUAUACACAAUACCAACACCCCAUAGUACACAGCGCCGAGAAUGUGCGCACACACGAUCAAAGCUAUAGCUACUAUGGACCGGAUGGCGGUUUGAGUGGUCAACCGCUGACAACAGGUCUGAGUGCCAGCGGCGGUGCAUUGCCACGCACUCCGCAAAUGCACAACCGACURCGGCGGCGGCAAUCGCGUGAAUUGCAAAUGCAACAGGARGAGCUUGCACAUCUGAAUCGACAAUCAGCUCCUGGUAYAGGUACGACAGAGACCGCAGUAAUGAGUGCUGCAAAUGGCGAUGGUAAAGCUGCGAAUGGCGAGACACAACACGACACACAUGAAAGACGCAAACCUGAACAAAUGCGCUCGGUAUCGGAAGACGGUGCCAAACCGAGUCCACAAAAACCAGUCACAAGACGAUCGUUGUCACAUCCCGAAAAGGAGACACAAGCAACCAAAAAGGUUGAACCCACGAAAAUACCAAGCCCAAGACCCUUGGCUGAUAUUUUAGAUAAGUCACGAACSAAUACGAAAAUCCCAACACCACGACGUCGCAAUAGUCGUGGCACAAAUGGUGCUGAUGCAGAAGAAAAAAAUGGCAACAACAAAUCACCGGAACAACAACAGGAAAUAAAUGAGAAUAGCGAAGCAGCAAAGAACAAUAACAACAGYGAUCAGGCAAAAACUGCUGAAGAAACACAAGAAAAGGAAUCAACAAAUGACACAACAGAGAGCAAUAAAGGCGACGCAGUGGUAGGCAAAGCGACCGUACCCAAGCAACACACAACCACUCUGGGCGAACAGGAGAUCCAGAAUGCUGUUGAAGCGGCCGCCGUUAUCUUCAAGAAAGUCGUACUGCAGCGUCGGCAGGAGAAGAAGGCAGCCGAAGAGGUAAGCGCAUACAUACUUACGCACGUGGUGUUGGUGUUCUAUUUACGUUUGUACUUAACCGUUAAUUACUUUUGGCAAACGCAUGUCGCCGUGCUUUGGCGUAGUAGAGCUGGUGGUGGUGGUGGUGGUGGUUAUGUUGAGAGUGCACUUUCAUGA